UGGCAGCGCCAGGGCGCCAUGGUGGCCGCCAGUGGCCGGGGUGGAUUGUUGGAUUAAAAUUGCGGCAUCUCUCGACAUGGCGGAUGAUGUUCGGCAGCAAGCGCCGAAAUCCCCCGCAAAAGAAGUGAUAGGAGAAGUCAACCAUGAUGAAGCAAUACUGGCCCAGGAGAAGGAGAUCGAACGUGAGAUUGCGGAAAGAAUACCCCUGAUCGACAACAAGAAGGACUUGUCUGUCCUGCAGAAGGAGUACUCGCUGGAGGACGACAUUUACCAGCAGAAAGUGAAGGACCUGCGGAGCAAGUACAGCCACAUUCGGAAGACCCGCCCCGACGGAAACUGUUUCUUCCGAGCAUUUAGCUUCGCCUACCUCGAGAGCCUCUUGAGCGACAAGCAGGAGUAUGUGAGGUUCAAGAAGUUGGCAGAGCACAGCAAAGAGGCCCUGGUGUCGUUGGGCUUCCAGCGGUUCACUAUCGAAGACUUCCACGACACUUUCAUGGAGGUGCUGAAGAGAAUAGAGGACAACAUCACCUUGGACGACCUGCUCAAGGUGUUCAACGACCAGGGCUACUCUGACUACAUAGUUGUGUAUAUGAGGUUGCUAACUUCCGGACAGCUACAGAAGGAGGCUGCCUUUUUUUCUAGCUUUAUCGAAGGGGACAGGACAGUCCAGGAGUUUUGCAAACAGGAGGUGGAGCCAAUGUACAAGGAGAGCGACCACAUCCACGUGAUCUCGCUCACGCGGAACCUCGGGGUCGGGGUGCGCAUCCAGUACAUGGACCGAGGUGUCGGGGGAAAGGUCAACGCCCACGACUUCCCCGAAGACAGGGAGCCCCGCAUCCACCUGCUCUACAGGCCGGGCCACUACGACAUCCUCUAUGAGGGCUGACCUCCUCCGCCGUCUCGCCGCCCUCUACGGCGUGUCUCCAAAAAAUAUUUGCGGGCAUCUCUUUCGCAGCAAAAAUUCACUACGCGUCGCAGAGCACUCGGCCUCUGCCCAAUUAUAGCACUAAUGGUCCGAACCGGAGCAUUAGUGCCAGAUUUGCAACGGAAAAAAAACCGUAAAUGUUUUUUUGGGACACUCCUUGUCUUCAAUCGUUAAUUUUAGGAGCCGUCUUGUUUUUUUCGUUCGGGCAAGGCCUCUUCGGUGUGACGUGCCGCAGCGCGUCCGUCGAGAGGCUUCUCUUUCUAACUUUCCAAGUCCUAGAUGGAGCCUUGUAAAUGACUGCUUUGUCUGUUGUAUUCGAUGCCUUUUUUUUUCUUUUUUAAGUUUUGUAAUUAAAGGCUGGCAUGUUUUUUCGUA